AUGCUAGGCGAGAUCACUUCCAGCUACAGAACGGAAUGCGAGAAACCGGAUCGUGUGACGUCAGCUGGAUCGGACAAGGACUUGAGCCUCCCCGAGUUCAAGCCAUUGACGGAGCUGAAUGUGGAGGAACUGAGAAAAAGACUUGCCCUUGGACUCGAUCCAAACGUGUUGCUCGAGAGCGGUGCAGUCGUGGAUGCAACCGACUCCAAGGGGAACACGGCCCUUCAUGCUGCUGCUCUUUUCGGUAUAGAAGCAAGCAUGAUAUUGCUCAUACGGGCUGGCGCCGACGUCAACGCAAUGAACAGGUACAAGGAGAGGCCGUUGCACGGAGCAGCUGCUUUGGGCUGGCCCAAACCGGUCCAGAUUCUCUUGGAUGCCGGGGCGUGCAUCCACGCGGUGAAUAACAGGAGGGAGACGGCUUUGCACGUGGCUGUCAGCAGCGGCCACCAAUGCAUUUUGACCGUCAAGGAGUUGAUACGUCGGGGGAUCGGAGUGAACGAGCGGGACAUCCGAGGCAUCUGCCGCGACGUGGACCGGACGGCGAGCCCGCUUCCGCCCAGCCUCCAGCAGGAGGUGGAGGAGGUCGUGCCUCGCCUGGGGUUGCGCCUCCUGCGGUUGAUGAUGUGCGGACGCUACGUGCGCCGUCGGUCCAAGAUGGAGGAGUCCGUCCGGCACCUGACGCGAUUCGGGGCGAGGCUGACGCAUCUCGACAGCACGCUCGCACUCGCCGCGAGAUUUCCCGGUCUCACGGCGAGGCUGCUGGAUCGGACCAUGAGGGAGACUAAACCCAGUGGAGGGGAAAAAGUGAUCGAAUUCGAUCUUUUCCAGUUCCGAGGGAUCGGGAAAACAAGGGACUGGGACCACGGGAAUUGUGACGCGCUCAAACCGAAUGAUCCAAAACUCAAACCGAUGACUGAUGUCUUACUGAUCACUCUGAUUGCGCUAACCGUGGUCAUCGGAUUCCGUGAACUGAUUCAGAUGAUGGCACAGAAGUGGGAGUAUUUCAAAGACCUGGAGAACGUAAUAGAGGUCGUGUUGCUCGUUCUGGACAUGUUGAUGGUGUUCAGUAAAUUCGACAUCCGUUACUUUGAUCGAGAUUUGGACGACCACAUCAGCGCGGUCGUCGUGUUUCUCGUCUGGGUGGAGGUGACCAUCCUCGUCGGGAAGCUUCCCGGGCAGGGUCUGUACAUCACCAUGCUGAUCAACGUCUCGAGGUCCUUCUUGAGGGUCGUGCCGACUUUCAUCUUCCUCUUGGCCGGGUUCGGACUCAGCUUCCACAUUUUAUUCCCUGGGAAGUUCGUCGACGUCCCGAGCUCCAUCUACCGGGCUGCCGUGAUGAUGUCGGGGGAGCUGGAGUUCUACGCCACCUUUUACGAGUCCAACCGAGUGCUUCGGUGGUCGGGGCACAUCAUUUACCUUCUCUUCGUGGCCCUCAUGGCCAUCAUCGUCAUGAAUCUCCUCACUUCCCUUGCGUUCGUCGACGUCCCGAGCUCCAUCUACCGGGCUGCCGUGAUGAUGUCGGGGGAGCUGGAGUUCUACGCCACCUUUUACGAGUCCAACCGAGUGCUUCGGUGGUCGGGGCACAUCAUUUACCUUCUCUUCGUGGCCCUCAUGGCCAUCAUCGUCAUGAAUCUCCUCACUUCCCUUGCGGUCGCUGACGUCCAGGAGUUGACGAAGAGGGCCGAGAUCACACGCCUGCAGAAACAGGUGCGCCUGCUCUAUCACCUGGAAAACGUGAUUAAAAAUAAGUACUUCCUUCGGAGACGUCGGGAGCCGGACCUCAUCGAGACAGGGCGACUCCAGGAAAAGAAGCGGGAACUUCCAAAUCAUAUUUUGGAAAAUAUUCUGAGAGUUAUCUCUGAAGUGUCAGCAGAAGAUAAGAAAGUGAAAGAGGAAGUUAAGCACCUUGAAAAUGACAAAGAAGGCAGUUCGCCAGAAGGAAUUAUGAAUGUGGAGGAAUCUAUAACUUCCAUCCAGAAACAGAUUCAGCAAGUUUCGAGUCAGAUUCAACGGAUUCAGGAGGAACAGAUUCCAGAGCUUUUGAAGCUGCUUCGCGACAGGGAGAAAUCAUCAUGA